AUGCAAUCCUCUCCCCCCUCCAUCGCGGUCGUCGCCUCGUCCCGCGCCGUCGUCGCCGGUCGUCUGACCUCGGCUACCGUCGUCCUCUCGCGCACCACCGGGAAGAUCACCGCCGUCCUCGACUCGGUCAUCCCCGCCGAGGAGUUCCCUCCCGGUACUCCCUACACCGACUAUUCCCCUCACGUCCUGCUCCCCGGCCUCGUCGACGCUCAUGUUCACCUCAAUGAGCCCGGCCGCACCGAGUGGGAGGGCUUCUAUACCGGCACCCAGGCCGCGGCCUUUGGCGGUGUCACCACCGUCAUCGAUAUGCCCUUGAAUGCCAUCCCCCCCACCACCACCGUCGCCAACUUCAAGGAGAAGUUGCGUGCCGCGGACGGCCAGUGCUGGGUCGACGUCGGCUUCUAUGGCGGCAUCAUCCCCGGUAACGCCGGGGAUCUCCAACCCCUCGUCAACGAGGGGGUCCGAGGUUUCAAGGGUUUCUUGAUCGACAGUGGGGUUGACGAAUUCCCCGCCGUCUCGUCGGAGGAUAUCCGCAAAGCCAUGACCGCCCUCGCCGACGAACCCACCACGCUGAUGUUCCACGCCGAGAUGGAACCCCCCAACGCCCCCGCUUCCGGGGCCGACCCCACCCCCGCCCUGGACGGCCCCCCCGAGGCCUACUCCACCUUCCUGGCCUCCCGCCCCUCCUCCUAUGAGACCGCCGCCGUUGAGGAGAUCCUCGCCCUGGCUCCCCUCGCUCCCAAGCUCCCCCUGCACAUCGUCCACCUGUCCGCCAUGGAGGCCAUCCCGCUCCUGCGCCGGGCCCGCGCCGACGGCGUCGCCAUCACUGCCGAAACCUGCUUCCAUUACCUGUCCCUGGCCGCCGAGGAGAUCCGCGACGGUGACACUCGCCACAAGUGCUGCCCGCCCAUCCGCACCCAGUCCAACCAGGACGCCCUCUGGGCCGAACUGGAACGUCACGCCGACACCGGCGUCAUCAAGACCGUCGUCUCGGAUCACUCUCCCUGCACCCCGGACCUCAAACGCCUGCCGGCCCACAUCCCCGGCCACGUCGUCGAGGAGAAGGAUAUGGGCAGCUUCGCCGCCGCCUGGGGCGGCAUCUCCUCGGUGGGCCUGGGCCUCCCCAUCAUGUGGACCGAACUCAGCCAGCGCAAGGGCCUGACCGCCGCCGCGGACGACAUCCAGACCAAGAAGGCCCUCCAGGACGUGGUGCGCCUCUGCUGCGCCAACACGGCGGCGCAGGUCGGCCUCGAUCGCCAAAAGGGCGACCUGGUGCCGGGCUUCGACGCCGACAUCUGCGUCUUCGACGACAGUGCUGAGUGGAUCGUCGAGCCGAACACGAUGCUCUUCCGCAACAAGUGCUCCCCCUAUCAAGGCCGCCGACUCCGGGGCAUGGUGCGCGAGACGUGGCUGCGGGGAGAGAAGAUCUUCAGCCGCGAGGGCGGGUUCAGCCGUAAGACGCCGACGGGCCAUUUGCUCCUGGAGAAACGCAGUUAA